GAGAGAGAGAGAGAGAGAGAGAGAUGAUAAAUUGAAGUGAUAGAAGGUAGAAAAUGGCAACUCUGCCAAGGUUUGUGGUGCUGAGAUCUUCCAGCAACCACAAACACCUGCACUACAUACAUGAUGAAGAUGAAAAGAAGGUGCCAGUAGCAGGGUUUCUCAAAUUCUCAGGAGAGAACAUUGGCAGCCAUUACUCAAAGUUCGAGCUGGAGAGAGCAAAGAGCAGCCAGAAUGAGGGCCUCCUACACAUCAGAUGCUGUUACAAUAACAAAUACUGGGUAAGGCUGCAGGGCACGGACAAGUUCCAUAAGGAGGCUUUGAUUGUUGCUGGGGCCGACGAACCAGAGGAAGACCGAUCCAAAACCACAUGCACCUUGUUCGAGCCCAUCUACGAACGUGAAGAUUCAUGUUGUGACGGUGAUGAUGGAGAUUUCUCAUCUUUUAAUUCGGAUAUUAAAGUUUUUCCUCUCCAGUUUCGCCAUGUCCAGCUUGGAAGCUACGCAAGCCUUUGCCGGAAAAAUAAUGCCUGCAAGGAAGGCCUACACGCAGCACCACUCGCAGCAUCUGCAUCAUCGCGUGAAGCCGACAUGAUGGCCACCGAUUGGGACUCGUUGCCCAUGAGACUUCCCAGAUACGUGGCUUUCAAGGGUUGCAAUGGCAAAUACCUCAGUGCCCGCAUGAUCGACGGACGCGUGUAUCUGUUGUUCGAAUCCGACGACUUAGGAGAUCAGACGGUAAGGAGCGAUGUCUGGGCCAAACAAUUAGGAAUCCAUCGCAUAAUAUCCACUUCCUUGUUCGGAAUUUGGAGGCUUACCAAGGAUGACUGGAUCUGCCCAGACUUAGAUAACUUCUCCCUCGACAAUCUCAUCAAGGAUGACUGGUACACAUUUUUUUGGCCACUCAAAGUCGGGGACAAUCUCAUUGCUCUCCGCAGCAUGCGUAACAAAAAUUUCUGCAGGCCGGUUACUGCCGGCGACGAUAUUACAAGCGGUCUCAAGGCCGACGUCCCCACUAUCCACGCAGAGGCAUACCUGGAGGUGGUAGAGCUUGUUGUUUUGAGGAAGAUCUAUAACGUCAAUUUUCGCCUCCGGCACGCGAGGGUCUACAAUAAAAAGGUUGUCGAAAUGGCCAUUGGAGAGGCCGUUAACCAUGCUGAAGAAUCUCACGCCAUAGAGGUGAAGCUCUCGUAUACAAAAACCAGGAGCAAUAGUUGGAAUUCUAGCUUUUCGUCAAUGCUGAAGUUGGGCGUCAAGAGCAGCAUCGACGCCGGGCUUCCAGUGAUCGCAGACGGCGGAAAGAUCGAGAUUGAAUUUGCAGGAAUAGUGCAGCGGGGAAGAAAUGAGUCGACUGUGGUCACAGAUAGUAUAAAGGAGGCUGUGUGUAAGGUUGUUGUGCCGGCAAUGACUACGGUUAAGGUGAGGCUUCUGGCGACGGAGGCUUGGUGCGAUGUUCCCUUCUCCUACUCCCAGCGCGACACCCUUACCACCGGACAAACAAUUACCAGCGACAAGGAUGACGGCGUUUACACCGGCGUCAAUACCUUUGACUUCAACUUCGACACCAGAAAAGAAAAGCUUUAA